AUGCAGAGGGAAAUGGCUUAUAUGGGCCGAGAUGGCCCAAUUGCGUCCCGUCCCGGAUCUGCCACGCAUCCUCCUCACGUGAUGCCCAGCUCUCCACCUUCCACCCCAGUGCCCCACUCCAUGCCUCCCUCUCCGUCCAGGAUUCCCUACGGCGGAGGCCGGCCCGUGGGUGUGCCAGGCAAUGCCACCAUCCCCAGGGACCGGCUCUCCAGCGUGACAGCCUCGCGCUCGAUCUCGCCCAGCCCAAGUGCCAUUUUGGAGAGACGGGACGUGAAACCAGAUGAGGACAUGAGUAACAAAAACCUUGCCUUGAUCCGAAAUGAAGGUCUGUACAGUGACCCUUACUUGUUUCAUGAGGGCAGGAUGAGUGUGGCUGCGCCCCAUUCCGGACACCCCCUUGAUGUCCCUGAUCACAUUGUAACCUACCAUCGCAGUACCAUGAGGUCAUCAAGCACUUACUGCAACCCCUCUCUGCAACCUGAAAUGCUGGAGCAGUCCUUGUACAGACAAAAGUCACGGAAGUACCCAGAGAGCCAUUUGCCCACUCUCGGCUCUAAAACACCUCCUGCCUCACCCCACAGGGUGGCUGACAUGAGAAUGAUCGAUGUCCAUCCUCACCAUAGCGCUCAUAUUCCCCCCCACACUAUCCAGCCAGACAGGUCUUCCCCCAGCCGCCAGUCCUUCAAAAAGGAGCCAGGACCGCCUGUGUUUGUGGAUACGAAAGCACGGAGCGCCAUCGGCCUCUCGGGCAUGGCCGAGGUGAUGCCCUCUACAGUUGACAAGCAGGCCUUUGGCUAUGGGUCACCCAUGAUGCCCAAGGACAAGGAGACAAGUGAGAAGAUGAUGCUGAAAAUUGUGUCCAGCAAGAGCAACAUAGACACUGCAGGCGCUGCCAGCAUAUCUGGGGGGAAGAACGCAUUGGCAGCUGUGGAGUCAGCUGUCAUCCAUCACCCUGCUGGAGCCCCGUCGAUGCAAGUCAGCCUCCAUGGUAUGAAACGCAACGUGUCGGAUCUGCGGCUGCAGCUGCACCAGAUGAAGCAGCUACAGCUGCAGAACCAGGAGAUGCUGAGGGCAAUGGUGAAGAAAGCAGAGCUGGAAAUCAAUGGCAAAAUGAUUGAAACAGUGAAGAGGCUUGAAGAUCCUGUGCAGCGACAGCGCAACCUGGUGGAGCAAGAAAGGCAGAAAUACCUCAACGAGGAAGAAAAGAUUGUAAAGAAGCUGUGUGAGCUGGAGGAAUUUGUUGAAGACCUGAAGAGGGACUCUGCUGCUUCCAGCAAGACAGUUACACUGAAAGAUGUUGAAGAUGGAGCCUUUCUUUUGCGUCAAGUGGGAGAAGCUGUUGCCACCCUGAAAGGAGAGUUCCCGACAUUGCAGAAUAAGAUGCGUGCAAUCCUCCGGAUUGAGGUAGAAGCUGUGAGGUUCCUAAAGGAAGAACCACACAAGCUAGACAGCUUGCUGAAACGUGUGCGCAGCAUGACUGAUGUCCUUACCAUGCUCAGGAGACAUGUUACAGAAGGACUGCUGCGGGGUGUGGAUCCAUCCCAAGCCGUGCAAUACUCUGCUAUGGAAAAGGCUGCUCCAGCUGACGCUCUGAAAAACCAGGAGGAGCCCAAGCACACCCAGGGACGUGCACAGCAAAACCUCACAGCCGUCACAUCGGAGUCCCAGGUGUCGUCGGUCAAGUCAGAAGUCAUCCCCUUCUCAACAAUGAUGGUCCAUCAUGUGCAGAGCUCGCCUGUUGUCAUCCAUCAGUCUCAGCACUCCUCAGCCCUGGUCAACCAUGGCCAGGGUUCACCCACUGCAGCCAGCCACGGCGAAGGCGUGACAGCGGGUGGCCACCUCUCAGCACCCCCACCAGCCCCACCGCAAGAGCCCGCAACUGGAUCUCAGCCCACACAAGCCACACCAGCACCACAGGUCUCUGUCAAUGGCACCACCAUGCAAAGUCUUUUCAUUGAGGAAAUUCACAGUGCAAGUACCAGAAACCGAGCUGUAUCCAUUGAGAAAGCUGAAAAGAAAUGGGAAGAGAAAAGACAAAACCUCGAUCAUUAUAAUGGAAAGGAAUUUGAAAAGCUCUUGGAAGAGGCCCAGGCCAAUAUAAUGAAGUCAAUUCCUAACCUGGAGAUGCCUCCCCAGCCAGCAGCCCUGCCUAAAGGGGAUGCAGUGGAAAAGCUAGAAGUCUCAGAAGAAGUUCCUGAUGGAGAACAGGAUAAUGACAAGCUGACCAAGUCUCCACCUCCUCCACCUCCACGGCGCAGUUACCUGCCAGGGUCAGGACUAACCACAACGAGAUCAGGAGAUGUCAUCUAUGCAGCCAGAAAAGAGGCUGCUGCUGUCAAGGAAUGCAGUGAAGAUGCUGGGCAAACAGCACAAUCUAAAGCCCCUAAAGAGGACCAGGCAUUGUCUCGGAGCAUAGGGCAUGCUGCAGCAUCAGCUGCAAAAGAGGAAGAGGAAGAGGAAGGAGAUAAAAUAAUGGCAGAAUUACAGGCUUUCCAGAAGUGCUCUUUUUUGGAUGUAAACUCAAACAGUCAUGCUGAACAGUCCAGAAAUGAUACACAUGUUAAAGACAUAAAGCCUGGGACUUUAAUGCAUCACAAGGAAAAGAAGGUGUAUGGGGCUACAACAGGAUCUCCCACAGAUAGUGACCAUCCUAAAGAGAAGAGGGAAGGGAAAACUGAAGAAGAAUUGGGUUCUGAUUCACCCAGCACAGCUGACAGUAAAAUUGGCAUUUCAAUGAAUGACAGUACUACAUUUAGCAAGGGUUUAUUUGUAGACAGUAGAGACUAUUCUAAGAAAAACCUUCAGAACAUGAGCACAAACCUGUCUGGUGUCAGUUUGCCAGAGGAUGACAAACGAAGAGGGGCUCAAGAUACUUUAGGAUCCCAUUUUCUAGCUACUGAAACUGGAAAACAAAAGCCAAACUACAGACUCUCACGAGAUGCUCAGCAGGACCUGCCACAGGGUGAAGCCUCGCAGAGCACGGGCAAGCACAUCCCUGUCAGCAGCGUUGCCCCUCUCAUGAGGCACACGCAGGAGGCUACGGGGCCUCCACCUUCCUCACAGGAGCAAGGAUCUUCUGCAGUCAACUACAACCAGGUUGUGCUGCGACGCGAAGUGUCUGGGAGCAUGAACAGCAUCGAAGAGACAGACUCUCCAGCUAGCUCUCCAAGCGAAGACAAUCCACCCACAGAAAAUAUCGCUUUCAUGAUUACUAAAACAGCUGUCCAGGUCCUCUCAAGUGGGGAAGUUCAUGAUAUAGUCAGCCGGAAAGGUGGAGAUGUGCAAACAGUGAACAUUGAUGCAAGGAAGGACGUGGUGUCAGAGAAGGUUACCCCAGAAAACCCGGACAGCGAGGAGCCCGUGGUGUGUCUGGACAAAAAACCCGUCAUCAUCAUUUUUGAUGAACCAAUGGAUAUUAGGUCAGCGUAUAAGCGGCUUUCUACCAUUUUUGAAGAAUGUGAUGAGGAGCUGGAGAAAAUGAUGACAGAUGAAAAGAUAGAAGAGGAAGAGGAGGAGGAAGAAAGUGAAGCAUGUGAAAUCUCUGAGAGCCAGAAGGAAGAGCCACCAGUAACUAAUGACAGAAAAGCAAUCACGGAGUAUUCAGCAGCUCACAAUCUCAACGAGCAGUACAUAUUUAACCUUCAGUCUUCCUCUGACCCUCUAGAAACCAGAUCCUCUGCACAGGAGGAAAGCGCAAAGAUGGAUUUUAACAAAUACCGUCAGAUCUAUGGGCUAAACACAGAAGCAAAUUUGGAUUCUGCUGAUCAGUUUGGAAGCAGGCAGGAUUCUAAGAAAAAAUUUAAGUUCAAAUUCCCUAAAAAGCAGCUGGCUGCUCUGACGCAAGCAAUACGAACAGGAACCAAGACUGGGAAGAAGACCUUGCAGGUUGUGGUCUAUGAAGAAGAAGAGGAAGAUGGGACCCUGAAGCAGCACAAGGAAGCAAAAAGAUUUGAAAUCACCAGGUCUCAGCCUGAGGACAGUGACAAAAGUCCUUCUGGGAAGCAAGAAGGACCCCCCGGAGCUGCAGUGGCCCUGUCUAGGACUGAUGAGAUUCGACAGAGUACAUACCGAACACUAGACAGCCUUGAGCAGACUAUAAAGCAGCUGGAGAACACCAUCAGUGAAAUGAGUCCAAAAUCUAUCCCUGAAAACACAUACAGCUCUGAGGGAAGCACUGUCCCCUUCUCUGCCCAGAUAGUACCAGAGACCCCACCCCGAGAGCUUGUAGUGCUGGAUGAGAGCCUUGCUGGCGUAGAGCCCCCUCCGCCAGUGCCAGCCACUUCACGUAAGGGCUCCACCACCGCCUCCCAGACCAGCCGGAUGCCUGUGCCCAUGGCUUCAAAAACUAGACAAGGAAGCACAGAGAAAGCAGGCAAACAGCACAAGCUGCAGGAUCAACGCCAAUACAGACAGGUAGUUUUACCCUAAACCCGGUGUUUGGAUGGACAUUUCAUGUUGUUUGUUUAUUUAAAAACUCCAGUAACUGACUGAGAUUAUGCCAAAUAACGGAUACCUGACUUUCAAGUG